AUGACUGAGAUGGACUCUUCACUUAAAGAAUUUGAAUUAAUUGAAAGCAACAAUACUGCAAACAUUGAAGAUAAUUUAGAUCUUCAAAUUGAGUUUAAUGAAUUGAAAAAUAAAUAUAUUUUGCUUGAAGAGAAACACAAGAAUUUUGAAGAAAAAAUAAAUAUUAAGAUUACUUCACUUGAGGAAAAGUUUGGUGAAUUAACAGAAAAAUUGGAAAAAGUAAAUAAAGUGUGUUUUGUUAAUUUUGGAAAUAAAUGGAAACAAAUAGAAUUUAAAUUUUCUCAUUUUUGUUGUGAGAAUAAAUGUAUCAAUACAGACAGCCCUAUAGGUGUUUGUAUUAAUGGAAAUGGAUUUGUUAAUUUGAUUAAUUGGGAAACGAUUAAAUAUAUUGAAGGGAAUAAAGGUUAUCUCGAAAAUAAAAAAAUUAUUAUUUUUUAUCCUUUAGUUAAUAAACCAGGACUUGUUUAUGCCGAAAAUUCAUUUAAAAUUCCAAAAGAAUAUUGUAUCAAUUAUUCUCUAUUUUAUUUUGAAAUUAAAUGUAAAAUUGAAGGAGAAGAAAAUUUAAUGCAUAUUGGGCUAAUUAAUAGUGAAAAUGAUUGUGUUAGAUAUUUUGCUGAAGAGCCUAAAAUAAUUAAUGAUUUAAAUGAAAAAUUUAAACUUUCAACAUUUUCUUGGAAUGAUGGGGAUAUUUUUGGUAUUGGAGUAGUUUAUCCACCGACAACUAGAAUGAAUGAAUUACCUUUUGUUUUCUUUACUCAAAAUGGGAAACAAAUUGGUAAAGCUGUUUUGUUGAAGGAAAAUUAUGAUUAUUUAAUUCCUUAUGUUGUGCUAAAAAAUUGUUCUGUAGAAGCCAAUUUUGGAGAUAAUUUGGAAACUAAACCUUUUUGUUAUGAAAUUUCAAAGAAUUUUGUGUUUAAGGAAUUUUAUUGAGAUUGAGAUUGAAUGGCUGUUAAUUUUAAAUUUGUUGGAAAGAAGAAAUUU